AUGAGUGACUUUACUCAGAAGCUGCGACCCGGCAAGCCCGACGGUCCAUCAACUUUGCUUCAACAGCGGACCCAGUCCAAUAUUUCUGUCGAUGAGUUAGCGCAUCAUCUCCUUUCCUAUGAUGGAUUCCUAGAUCGUCAAUUACGAAUCCUCCCUCUCUUAGAGCAAGAGCCUCUUUUUAACAAAAUGAACCAAGCGAACCUUUCUCGAAUCGAAGUUUUCAAGUUGGCUCUCGCUCGAGCCAAACGGCUUCGCCGGCUUGUUGACGAAAAUGGCUGGGAUAUUUAUGAUUACAAGAUGGCGGAGACAUUGAUCGAUGAUGUCUCACCUUACUAUCUUCACAUGCACAUGUUCGUGACGACAAUCAAAGAGCAAGCUUCUGAUUCUCAAAAAUCACAUUACCUUCCUCUCAUUGAAAGUUUUCGGAUUAUUGGGGCCUACGCUCAAACUGAACUUGGACAUGGAAGCAACGUUCAAGGAUUGGAGCUCGAAGCCCGCUGGGAUCCGAGCACAAAGGAGUUCAUCCUUCAUAGUCCGACUUUAACAGCCAGCAAAUGGUGGAAUGGGUCGCUGGGUCGCAUCGCUAAUCACGCUAUCGUGGUUGCACAACUGCUUCUUCCCAGCUCAAGUGGACAAGAUUCCUCUCCGGAAUAUGCAUCUUAUGGGCCUCAUCCAUUCAUCGUCCAAGUUCGUGAUAUGAGCACUCACCAACCUUUUGACGGGAUCGUAAUCGGAGAUAUCGGUCCUAAGUUGGGCUAUGCUACCAUCGAUAACGCUUAUAUGCUGUUUGACAAUUUCCGAGUGCCACAUUCAGCACUGUUGUCAAAAUACUGCCAGGUUGACUAUGAGUCAGGUGCAUACUCAAAGCCAGCAACUCAGGGCAUACUUUACGGCACAAUGACCUUUGUGCGAUCCUUGAUUGUUCACCAGGCUAGAUUGGCCUUGGCCCGAGCAGUGACAAUUGCCGUGCGCUAUACCUCAAUUCGUCGACAAUUUACGCACAGAGAUGAUAGAGAUGGCCCGGAGGUCUCGGUUUUGAGUUACCCUACAGUUCAGAUUCGCGUGUUGCCGCUGCUCGCUACGACCUAUGCCCUUCACUACACUGGAUUAGCAAUGCAGGAAACAUACAAGGAUACCCGACAGCACGUUGAACGUGGAGAAUUGCACACCUUAGCACAUAUGCACAGCAUGUCUUCCGGAUUGAAAAGUCUAUGUACCAACAUCGUGGCUGACGGAAUCGAAACAUGUCGACGGGCUUUGGGCGGCCAUGGCUAUGGAGGCGCGAGUGGGUUUACGCGGUUGGGUCCUGAUUACUUGUCUCGCGUUACAGUGGAAGGGGACAAUUGGAUGAUUACACAACAAGUUGCGUCUUAUCUUAUUAAGCGCAUGACGGGGGUCGUGAUGAAUAUGGACGACGAUAAUCACGACGAACUGGGCCAAUCGUUCAAACUUUUCCUGGAUAUGAAACAAAGCAAGCAGUCGCCGAUUCCAUGCGAUAUAUAUGCAAGCGACCGUGCCAUUGUUGAUGCUUUCCAACAACGAGCGACAAUCUUGACCUAUGACAUAUACGAGGCCAGAGUGCUUGAAAAAAGGCCAUGGACAGAGAUUAUGAUUCAGUUGCAUAAAACUAGCUCAGCCCAAUCUCAAGCAAUAAUUGUGAAUUCCUUUUUCAACGCACUUAAUACUGAGAAUACAUUGCCAGGCCCUACAAAAUCGACACUUUGGGACCUGUACCGCCUGUUUGCGUUCUAUACGAUGGAGUCCGUGGGUUACGACUUUCUACGAUCUGGGGCCAUUUCCCAUUGCCACGUGGAAAAGUUAGCCAGUCGGGUGCAAGAACUCAUGGGGAAGAUAAGGCCCCACGCAGUUAACUUGGUUGACUCAUGGAAAAUUCCAGAUUUCCUGCUCGAUAGUGCCUUGGGUCGAUACGAUGGGAAUGUGUACGAAGAUCUCUUUAACCGAGCACACAAGUUCAAUCCUCUCAACCAAGUUACAUUUAACCCAAACUACUGGGAAGAUGAGAUCGUCAAAGGGAUCAGCGAUAAAUGGUCAUCACAGCUCGCGAAACUGUAA